AUGAAGAAAGAUGUUCGAGGGAAACGUUAUGGUUUCGUGAGGUUCUUUAAUGUAGUUGAUUCAACAAGGCUGACGUGCAAGUUGGAUAACAUCUUUGUUGAGAAUGUCAAACUGCAGGUCAAUAUACCUAGGUUUUCCAGGAACUCGAAUUCAACUGGUUCUAAUCGUAAUCAGAAUCGAGGUAGAAGGUUUGGUUGGGAGGAGAAGUCGCGUGUUGGGGGAGGUGAACAGCGGAAUGGUUCUUCUUCGCGAUUUGCUGAUUCUUUCGCCAAAGUGGUGACAGGUGGGAACAAGGAAGUGAUAAUGGCUGCGGUGGUGAGGAAUUGUGAAGUGGGUUCUAAGGUGUUGGUAGGAGGUUCUGGGAAGGUGAAGGAGGAUGGACAGGCAGGCUGUUUUGAGGUGGCUGAUGGUACUAAGUUGGUGAAGAAACUUGAUGCUGUGAAGAUGAUUGAUGCCACUAAGGGAGUGUUGCAAUCUGAUACUGUGAAGGAUUCUGUUAGUAAUCUGGCGGUAGCUCUGGAAUUCAAUACUGAUUUGGCCAGGGAUAACCCAAAUAUUCUAAAGGCGUAUGUUGGAUUGGUCCGAACGCCGGGGAUGGCUUUUUCGAUGCAGAAAAUUUUUCAGGCUGAAGGUUAUUUUGAUUUUUCCAUCAAGCCCUUAGGGCCUAAUCUGUGUAUCUUCGAAGAUGUGGAGGAGGGUGCGGUAGAGGUUUUUGUUGACGAAGGGCAUAAUUGGUGGAGCAAAUGGUUUACGUCAAUUGCUAGAUGGAAACCUGGGCAUGUGGAUGAAGAACGAUUGAUGUGGGUUCGCUGUAUAGGUAUUCCGUGUCAUGUUUGGACGGAUGAUUUCUUUGGUGUCUUUGCGGGCUUGUUUGGCUCGUUUGUGCGGGCUGAUUGCAAUACAGCUUCGCGGAAGGUGAUGGAUUCGGCGAGAUUGCUGGUUAGAACUAGAAGCAGAAGGUGGGUUAAUGAUCUGUAUCAAGUAAAGAUUAAUGGUUUGGUUUUUGACAUUAGUGUGGUGGAAGAGGUGGGAAGGGUUUUUAGUGAAGCUGUCGAUAAUUUUGCAAUUAAUUCUUCGAAUGAGGAGUUGUCGGAGGAUGAUGAUGAAUUAGGUGCUGUGGGUUUAGAGACUCAUCAUGUGUUCGAGGAAGACGACUUGAUUCUGCGUGAAAAUUUUGAAUAG